CACAGAUGGACUUUGCCUUUAACAGUUGUACCAACUGCUUUUGGAACUGCAAUGGAUAUUAACUUGAGCAAUGCAUCUCUAGUUUUCAUCUCUGUCACGUUUGCUACGCAGUGUAAAUCUGCUGCUCCAAUUUUUCUCCUUCUGUUUGCUUUUGCUUUCAGGUUGGAGACACCAAGCUUUAGACUCUCAGGCAUCAUCUUAAUCAUCUCUUUUGGCAUCUUAUUAACAGUUUUCAAAGAGGAACUGAGUUGACUUCUGGGGGUUUUUGUUUCUUGUUUGCUUGCUGCUGUUAUGUCUGGGUUUCGUUGGUGUAUGACUCAGAUCCUUUUGCAGAAAGAAGCCUACGGUCUGAAAAAUCCAAUUACCCUGAUGAGCUAUGUAACUCCAGUAAUGGCAGUGGCAACUGCCCUUCUUUCCCUUGCUUUAGAUCCAUGGGAUGAAUUCCGAGAAAAUCAGUACUUUGAUAAUUCAGUGCAUAUUACUCGAAGUUGCUUGCUGAUGCUUCUUGGUGGUUCAAUUGCCUUUCUUAUGGUCGGGGUACUAACAGAAUAUGUUUUCUGAUCCUCAGUAACUAGUGCUGUUACAGUGACAAUAGCUGGGGUUGUUAAGGAGGCAGUCACCAUAUUGGUAUCAAUUAUAUUUUUCCACGAUCGAUUCACUUGGUUGAAAGCAUUAUAUGGGCUAUUAAUUAUUUUGGUUGGUCGUCAGUUGUUUAAUGGUACACCAAGUUAUA